AUGGCUCCAACUGUUCUAAGAUCAAACGGAAAUGCCCUUCAUGUAUUAGGAGUUCUUAGUGUUUUGUUACUGAUUCAAAGAGGUAAAGCAUUUGAAUUCAGGGUCGGAGGUCCAAGGGGCAGUUGGACAGUCCCUAAUGAUCCAAAUGCAGCCAGUUACAAUCAGUGGGCAGAGAUGAACCGGUUUCAGAUUGGUGACACCCUAUUAUUUGUUUAUCCUGCUGAUAAAGACUCUGCAUUACAAGUAACUAAGGAUGACUACACAAAUUGCAAUACAGCAUCCCCCAUUGCAAAAUUUUCUGAUGGUCACACAGUGUUCAAGUUAGAUCAACCAGGACCAUAUUACUUCAUAAGUGGAGUGGCAGAAAACUGUCUCAAGAAUGAAAAACUGAUAGUGGUUGUAAUGGCAGAUAGAAGCGACCGUUCCAAUAAAACAGUACCACCUUCGCCAUCUCCAUCACCUACCUUUGAAGAUUCUCCGCCUGUCGGGGUGGAGAUAAACCCGGCUCCGGCUCCCGGUCAGGAGUCUCCGACGAAUAAUGGUGCUGCUUCAAUUGACAUGAGUGUGAUUGGCUCCAUUGGAACUUUUCUUGGUUCGUUAAUCCUUCUUCUAGUUUCUUGA